UGGAGAAUUUUAGAAAAAGAGAGGGAAAUAGACAGAAAAUCAGUUACCCAUAUCUUUUCUUCUCAUCCCAGAUAAUCAGUAUAAAUGUUUUCGUAUAUUUACUUUCAGUCUUUCUUCUAUUAUUCUCAUUUUAAAGAUGAGACGCUGAGGUGCAGAGAAGUUGGGCAUGUUGCCUAGGGUCAGACAUUUGAAUCCAUGCCAUCUGCCCCCGGUGUCCGGGCUCUUAAUCGCUAAGCUGUGCUACCUGUAGGCAAACCUUGGAAUGUCCAAGUUGGUGGGUUCCAUUAAGACAUCCAUCCCAGCCCCAGCCCUCCUCCCAGCCACCCCACUCGUGGCAUCCUUUCACAGAUAGGGAAAAUGAGGCCCAAUGGGAGGUGGGGCCUUGCUUAGUAUCCAUCAGCCAGCCAGGAGCACAUACGUGAGGUCUGGUUCAAAUACGAUUUAGGGAGCUGAGAAUUUGCACAGGGUUAAUGUGACAGCUGCUUCCAUCCUGGCCUUGAGCCUGGAGUUUGCAAGGGGCUGGCAAAUGGCAUGACACUGCCCACAGGGAGUGUGGGGGACUACUAGGGCAGGCCUGUGUUCCCUGGGCACAAGGGUCUUGUUUCUCCAACCAGCCCUGGGUGGGAGGUGGCCGGGUGAUGAGGAGAGUUUGGGGCUUUGCCAAGGCUGCAGGGCCCCUGAGAGUUUUCUCCUGUCCUCUGACUGUGCAUUUAUUUCUGGCUCUGGUGCCAGCAAGCUCCUGGGGCCGCCUGCUGCCAGGAAUGCAGCCCUGGCUUUCAGCCCCAGCUCAGCCACUGAGUGGCCCGGGGCCAGGGUCUCUCCCUCCCCACCUGCAAAAUGGCAUCAUAAUGGUCCCAGCCACAGGAUGAAAUGGCAAGUGCACGGGAAGUGUUUGCACAGGGUGUGGCCCAUGGCAGUGCUCAAGAAAUGGUCAGCUCCUGUGGCUGUUCCUAAGGCUGUCCCAGGGUGUUGGGCCCAGGGCCGGGAAUCGAGAUCACCAUAGACAGAGCCCCCUCCCGCCAACCCUCCCUUCACACCUGCCUGGACCAGGUAGGGCCUGGCCAGUAAAAGAGAAGAUAGAAAUGAACUUCAGGCAGUGGUUUGGAUUUGGAGAUUGCAAACGACAAGGGACACAGCGGAACAAAAGAACCCAGGCCUAUAAGGAAGGAGACCUGACCUCACCGCCAACAUGCUCUUUAGGGAAAGACCCCAUGGUACCUCCGGGCCCACAGAGCCCAGCACAGCGGCUCUCUCCGGCUGGGGACCUGGAAAGCGUGGAUCCUAUGAGGAAGAUAGCAGGAUCCCAGCUUACAGAUGGACAUGCUAAGAUGUCAUGGCACCCCCAGUACCGGAGCUCCAAGUUCCGCCACGUCUUCGGCAAGCCAGCCAGCAAGGAGAACUGCUACGACUCGGUGCCCAUCACCCGCAGCGUUCACGACAAUCACUUCUGUGCCGUGAACCCCCACUUCAUCGCAGUGGUGACUGAGUGUGCUGGCGGGGGGGCCUUCCUCGUCAUCCCCCUGCACCAGACAGGAAAGUUGGACCCGCACUACCCGAAGGUCUGCGGGCACAGAGGGAACGUCUUAGACAUCAAGUGGAACCCUUUCAAUGACUUUGAGAUUGCCUCCUGUUCUGAAGAUGGCACGGUUAAGAUCUGGAGCAUUCCCAAGCAGCUGCUGGCAAAGAACCUCACAGCCUGCAGGAAGGAGCUGGUGGGCCACGCGCGCAGGGUGGGCCUGGUGGAGUGGCACCCCACGGCCGCCAACAUCCUCUUCAGCUGCGGCUACGACUACAAGGUGAUGAUCUGGAACCUGGACACAAAGGAGUCUGUCAUUGUAAGCCCUGUGAAGACAAUUACCUGUCACCAAGACGUGAUCCUCUCCAUGUCCUUCAACACCAACGGCAGCCUGCUGGCCACCACCUGUAAAGACCGCAAGAUUCGGAUUCUUGACCCCCGAGCAGGGACCGUCCUCCAGGAGGCCAGCUACAAGGGGCACCGGGCCAGCAAGGUGUUGUUUCUGGGGAACCUGAAGAAGCUACUGUCCACAGGCACAUCCCGAUGGAACAACCGGCAGAUAGCCCUGUGGGACCAGGGCGACCUCUCUGAGCCUCUCACAGAGGAGGACCUGGACGGCUCCUCGGGCGUGCUGUUUCCCUUCUACGACGCAGACACCAACGUGCUCUACGUGGUGGGGAAGGGAGAUGGCAACAUCCGCUACUACGAGGUGAGCGCCGACAAGCCUUACCUGAGCUACCUGACUGAGUACCGCUCCUAUAACCCACAGAAGGGGAUCGGUGUGAUGCCAAAGAGAGGCCUUGACGUGUCCUCCUGCGAGAUCUUCCGCUUCUACAAGCUGAUCACAACCAAAAGCCUCAUCGAGCCCGUAUCCAUGAUCGUGCCCCGGAGGUCGGAAUCCUACCAAGAGGACAUCUACCCGCCCACCGCAGGGGCCCAGCCCUCCCUGACCGCCAAGGAGUGGCUCAGUGGGAUGAACAAAGAGCCAGUCCUGGUGUCCCUUAGGCCUGGCUCUGAGCUGCUGAGUCACCGGCCACUGCCUCCAGAGAGACCCGUCUUCAACUCUGUGGCCCCAGCCCCGCCCCAGCCCUUGAACCAGACAGAAAAGCAGGCUGCAGAAGAUGGCUGGAGGCCUCCCUCCCUGCUGGAGGAGAAGGCACCAAGGUGGGCAGCAGAACGCAGACUGGAGGAGAAGAAAUCCCGGCUCACAAAUGGCUUUGACAUUUUCGAAUGCCCCCCACCAAAGACAGAGAACGAGCUGCUGCAGAUGUUCUACCGGCAACAGGAGGAGAUCCGAAGGCUGCGGGAGCUGGUGACCCAGAGAGAGGUCCAGGCCAAACAGUUGGAACUGGAGAUCAAAAACUUGCGGAUGCGCUCCGAGGUGCUCUGAGCAGAGACCUCUGCCCUCCUCGCCCUCAGGGACACCACUUGGCUCCGUGGGGAGGUCCAGAACCAAACCACAAGUCCCCCAAGAACAACCACUAUUUCUACAUUUUUUUAAACCAGAAAACAAGACUCUCAGUCAUUGAAAGAGAUUCCAGUGGGACGUGGUGCCGUUUUUCUAUUUGCCUUCUUGCAACAACAGUUUCUGAACUGACUUUGUUUUUAGAUGAUAACUUGCCUUCUGUUUAAUUCUGUGUUAAGGGUCCACGAGGAGCUAGAACUUCUCAAGGGGAAGAACACUGUAGACAGUUAGAGCUGGAAGGAUCUAGGAGGUCAACGUGCCUGUGGUUUUCAAACUGUGGCCCAUAGAUUAGGGGGAGGACUGAACAGAAAGGCUGUGUCUCCCCGCCCCCCACCCCGUUCCGGCCAGACAGCUCCCCUUCUAUCUGUUUUAUAGGUUGGGCUGCUGUGGAAUAUUACAUAAUUCUGCUACUAAAAAAAUUUUAGAAGUUUAAAAGCCAGUGACCUGGCCCAACUCCCUCAUUUUACAGGUGGGGAAACUGAGGCCCAGAAAGAGGCAAGUAAGAUUUGUUUCAUGGCCAGGCUGGGCUGAGGUGCUGGUCUCUUGGUCUGCCUGUCUGCUGUUUGGGAUGAAGCAGCUCUCAGCCCACAGAGCAGGAAUCUGUUGGUCUGGCCUUGCCAUGCCCCACCUUGCUCAUGGAGCUCUUACAAUUCCUUUCCUCUCUGGUCUUAAUUUCUCCAUCUGAACAAGGGGGAUCCCCAAAAAAGCUGCUCUCUACAGGAUCUGCUACCCGAGACCUUGACCUGAGGAAAACGAUAUGUGGGGUGGGUGAUAAACUGGUCUUGCUGCAGAAACUCACAAAUACUGGCAAAGGGCUAGACUGGGGAUUCAGCCAAAUUCUAGAACACAGUCAGGAAGUCAAGAGCAUCCUCUCUAACCAGAAGCAGCCAGAUAUGGGUAGACACUGCCCCUUAUAUGGGCAUGCAGACUUUGGAACUAUGUCAAUUGUCAGUAGCUGCUGACUGCCACUACCAAAGCUGACUGCCACUACCGAAGGUACACAGCCCGUCUCCUGCAGGACUAUGUAGGUGGAUUUCAGCCUGGGUUAACAGAUGAGCCCCCCAGGAGGUAGGGGGGCCCCAGUACUGGAGGCGUGCCAGCAAAGCCUGUGGCCACCUGCCUGGGAGGGCUUCUGGAAAGGGAUGACUACACUAGGUAAGAAAGUAUAACCAGGUGGUCCUGAAGUUCCAUUCUGGCCCAGAAGUUUUUCUUCAUCCCUCCCUAAUGAAUCUGCAUUCUGAGCCCUGCUCUGAAGUUCAAUGGUCAGUACACCAGCCCAACAAGAGACUGGGAAUGAUUAGAAGCGACAUUGUCCCUCCUUACCAAGGAGGGACAAAUGAUACAUUUUCUUCAUUGCAUGGGGUGAUUCUGGAGCUGAGAUGGGGCCUGCAAGAGGUCACUUAGCCUGGUGGGUUUCAACCCAAGCUGUAUAGUAGAAUCGCCUUUGGAACAUUCAGAAAUACAGAUGCCCAGGCCCCAUCCUGGACCAGCUGAAGCUGAAUUUAACGUCCUGGCUGGUAGCUCCUAAAAAGUCCAGAAGAGUCCUAAGCCCCUCCCAAAGCUCUCUGUGACCCCCAGCCAUUUACUCUGUCACUGGGACUCACUCCCAUCUGAAUUCCAGCCAAGCUUGCCUUAGUGUGCUCAGGAGCAAAAGGCCAAACCCCAGACACUGUCAGGGAAGCAGAGCUCCACUGGAUGGGGUUAGGUCUCCCACCUCAUUUGUGGCCAGCACUUCACAGUUUACAAAGCCCUCCCACCUCCACUCACUGACACAUGCUACUCUAACCCAGGUCAGGCAGGCAUUCUAAUCCCCAUGUUCGGAAGGGAAGACUGGCUUCAGAGAAGUGCAGAAACAUGAAGUCCAAGGUCACUGGCUGCCAAGCGGUGGAGGCGGGGCUGCAUGGAGAGAGUUUCCCGGCAUGCCUCUGAACAGCCCAGCCCUCUGCAGGCUCUUCCUACCCCCAAAGGACCCAGACCUCACGCUUAGAAACAGGACACAGGUAUCUUCGAACAAACUUGUUUUCUUUUUAUUUUUACAUCUAGAAUAAAUUAUUUAAAUUAUUUCACAGCAAGGGAGAGGGAGAGGUAAUUUUUAUCAGAUAUUUUUUUAAGCCAUCCUUUUUUUAAAAUUACAUUUUUGUUUAUGUUCUUCGGCUGAUGAAGCAGACUUGCCCAGCGUGGGCAGGGCCGCCAAUCAGCAGAGUGUGCACUCCUCUCCUUACCCCGUACCCUGGGAACCCCCUUUCUGUUGACUCAGGAACUUUCUGAGAAUGAGGAUAGCACUUGGAGAUGAGCUCUGGCGGAUGCCUGCCUUAGCUCUACAAUAAUUGUGCUUCCUGGAACAAAACUUGAGAUUGUAUCAUAGAAGGUAACAGGAAGUUAGAAAUCAAUCUAUGCUUUUAAUAUGAAGCCGUGCCUGAAAUAGUUUGAAUGAUCAUUUUAAUGUUGUUUCUGAAAUUCCUCAUAGCUUUUUAAAAAAAAUUUUAAAAAAGAAAGAAAAGUGAAAAUAAAUAGCUGUGGAAUCGUGCAAUGGAAGGAAUUGAGCGAAAUAAUAAACAUCUGGCUAGACAUUUUACUACA